AAAUGGCGGACGAAGUUGGUUGAAUUAGGAUCUCAUUCUAUUUUUUUAACGAUGAGCAUUACAAAAGAGUCCUUCUUAGUUAUAUCUAGCAGCCUGCUUGUGUUUUUCAGCCAUUAUGAGCUGAGACAGCGAAUAGGAUAUGUUUUUUUCCACAUCAUUCUGUUGUUUUUGGAAUCAUCAAGGUACCUAAAAUACACAGAUGRACUUGCGAGCUUGGAGUUCAGGCCUGGUGCGAAAUCUGGUAUUGAGCUUGGUUCACUUCUAGUGCCAAUGGUUUUAACAAGUCAAAUAACUUUACUUAAAUCUAGAGCAACUGAAAGUAAACAACAUUUAUCAGCAUCACUUGAGUACUACCUCUUGGUAUCACAGUUAAUGAGCAUGUCUGUAGUCUCUAUAUGUCUCCUGUUAAACAAGUCAAGAAGGCUACUCUCAUGGAUGCUGAUGAUUAUUGUCACUAUUUCUAUGGCUGCAACUGUUAAUAACCAAUUGGGUAGCAGUAUAGCCAGCCUCUUGGGCCUAAUCAUCACCUAUAUUGUCCUACUUUUCUUUGUCAUAUGGUUGUUUCCAAAGAGUUUUACUUUGGGUGAAGCAAUGGUGCUUGUCCAGGCAUGUCUCUUUCUUGCUGUGGAUUCCUGGAUGUGUCUUGGAAACAGGCUGCAUUAUGUAAUACCAACUGUACCUGCUCCAGUUGAAAGUAUAUCAAGAAGCAUAUACACCUACUGGCUACAGAUUCUUGUGGUUGGUUCACUCAYUACUGGACUGUUCUUACUUCCUGUGUUUUAUUAUAUUAGUAUUGUCAGAAACACSCUAGAGAUGUGGAUUGGUACUAUAUCAUUCUAUAUUGUUAUUUUUCUGUUCUUYAUAUCAUUUUUACUCCCAUGGUCACUGCUCAUGCUUGGUGGGGUGAAUCCGCUGACCUGGAUGAUUCACCACAUAACCUAUAACUCAACCAGGUCUAAUUUAAUAAUCUAUUGGUCAUGUACGGUGUUGUUCUCCAUCACUGUCGUUGUCUGGAAAAACUAUACCAGCAACAUAUCUUGGUCCAGAACUGUCAUUCGCAAGAUCUUUCAUCUUUCUGCUAUGGCUGUAUUUCUUCCUGGUUUUGUAUAUGAACCUAAUCUCAUUCAUCUUGCUGCAUCAGCUGCUGUGGCUGUCUUCAUAUUCUUAGAGUAUAUACGUAUCUCAAGAGUUGCACCGAUGGGUGAAACAUUACAUCAUGGUUUACAAGUGUUUUUCAAUGAAAAAGAUACUGGUCCUGUCAUACUAUCUCAUAUCUAUCUACUGGUUGGCUGUGCUGCACCGCUAUGGCUGUACCCGGRAGAUUUGUCAAAUAUCAAUAAGAAUGGAUGUCUAUUGGCUGUACAUGCAGGUGUUCUAUCGUUAGGAGUUGGUGACACUAUUGCGUCUGUGGUAGGGAAAAGUCUUGGCCGUCACAAAUGGCCAGGAACCUCCAAAACCCUUGAAGGCACAGCAGCUGGUGUUAUCGCUCAAAUCAUCUGCAUCUUCUUUUUAGCACAAACUGGUGUGGUUCAGAUAUUUCACUGGAUACCAGUCAUUCUAGCCACGGUGGCGGCUUCAUUGCUCGAGGCAUGGACAACRCAAGUAGAUAACCUUGUCCUACCACCAUUCCUGUUUUCUCUUUUUCUUCUAGCUUGCCGUCAGUGAUAUGAGAGAUGAUGAAUGAUGGUCCUAAAUAAUUAUUUAGAUUUUUCAACAUAAUAUAUCGUAGAAAUAAAUCUAUUAUUUAAUAUUA